CCCGGAAAAAGCGCUGUCCCUACACCAAAUACCAGACGCUGGAGCUAGAGAAGGAGUUUCUGUUCAAUAUGUACCUCACCAGGGACCGCAGGCACGAAGUGGCCAGACUCCUCAAUCUCAGUGAGAGACAAGUCAAAAUCUGGUUUCAGAACCGGCGGAUGAAAAUGAAGAAAAUGAGUAAGGAGCAGAGCAAAGAGUAAAGGCCCUGCCCCGCCCUCCCGCCUCGCCCGUCUGAGUGCUGGCCCGGAGCCCACACUGUCUCCGUGCGGUCCGGUGACAGGGAAGGGCACCCUCCUCGAAGUCCCCCAGGUGCACCUAGAGCCCUGGCCCUGUACCCCUCCCUUCUCUCUGGGCACCAGGAGGGACUUUGGUUCAGUUAGAAGCUAGAAGUAGUUGGCUCCUGAGAAGAUGGAGCAGGAGACACCCUAGUCAAGCUCCUGCCACCCCCUGGUCAUUUUUCUGGGAAACCCCAACCCCUCCCUUCCAGCCUGCCUGGUCCAACAUUCCCUGCACCCAUCUAAAGUGACCCCCAGGACACCCCAACUGCCCAUAGCCCAGCGCAGGCCCCGACCCAGGCGUGGUUUGGAGCCCACUGUCAGAAUGGGGGGCAGAAGGGAAUGAGGGCACACCUUCCAUGCCAGUGUGGCGUAAGUGCCCCCCAAACCCUCAGACAGGCCUGAGUCCCUGCCCUGCCUCAGACAUGCAGCGGAUGAUGUGUGGUCUUAGGCUUUACGGAGGCGCUGCGCCCCAAGCCUCAGUGUCCCCCUGGAGCGCCCAGCUGUGCCCCACAGCCGGGCCAGCCCAGCCCCAGGCUGAUGGGCUAGCGGCUGGCGGGGCAGUGUACGGCUGUGUGGCGGUGUUGCGGGCCAUGUCGAACUCUGCAUGAUGUCCCUGUCCUUCCAGCAAAACCAGGCCAAACGGGUCUUGGAGCCUCCCCGCCCGCUCCUCCUUGCCCCACUGGGCGGACUGGAGCUUUCCUUGCUUUCUACCAGCCCUGCCUUUUCCUGUCCUCCCCGGCUCUGUCCCCUGCCCAGCGUGAGCAGUGAGUCCAGCCGCACCUUGUGGAGCCCCCCAGCCCCCAGGUCGGCCCCCCAGCCCUGGACGGAAGGAGAGUCUGACUGACCGACAGACGGGGAAUCUAUUGGAAAUCGAUUCCCCGGCUCCCUUCCGGAGUUAGCUGUCGGGACAGGGAGAAGCAGAGGACCCAGUGGGCAGACCUGGCGCCUCACCCCCUCCCGCCAGCUCCCAGAUGCCCGUAGAGGAGCCCUCGGCCCCCCAGCGGGCUGCUGCGCCCGGGCUUUGCUUCCCGGGCUGCAGCCCGGCUGGGCUUUGGCCGCGCUGGUGCCCGGCCCGGGAGAGAGGCCGCAUCGCCCCAGGCCUCAAGCAAAGCUCACUUUUCCUCGCCUCCCUCUGCUCCCCGGCCUGCCAGUACCCCCCAGUCUGCCAGUACCCCCCAGUAGCUGGACUCGCCUCCCCCAGGGCCCUGAGAGGGGCCAUCCCAGUAGAACUUUCUUUGCUUUGUCUGUGGCUGUUGUGACAUUGUGCUUGUGUUUUGUGGUUUCUUUGGGGGUGACUGUCUCGCCUGUUUUCAGUUGUGGC